AUGGAGGAGCGGACGGCGAAGCGGAAGCGCUCCGUCUCGCCGGAGGCGACUGGCGAGGGGCUGCGGAACGCGCUUGCAAAGCUCGCCGAGACGCGUGCGGGUGGCGCGUAUGUGCCGCCUGCGCGCCUCAAGGCGCUCAUGGCCGAGGCCGCGCGCGCGGAUCCCGGCAGUGUCGAGUUUCAGCGCAUGAGCUGGGAGGCGCUGCGCAAGAGCAUUACGGGUCUCGUGAACAAGGUCGCGGCCGAUAACAUCAAGCAUAUCGUGCCUGAGCUGUUUGCAGGCGCGAACCUCAUCCGCGGACGCGGCCUCUUUUGCCGCUCGAUCAUGCACGCCCAGGAGUUUUCGUUGCCCUUUACGCCGGUGUUUGCGGCGCUCGCGGCGAUCGUGAAUACCAAGCUGCCGUUUGUCGGCGAGCUGCUCGUGACGCGGCUCGUGUCGCAGUUCCGCCGCUCGUUCCGCCGGAACGACAAGCCCAAGUGCCAUGCGACGCUGCAGUUCUUGGCGCAUCUCGUGAAUCAGCGGGUGGCGCACGAGCUGCUCGCGCUCGAGAUCCUCGUGCUUCUGCUCGAGCAUCCCACGGACGAUAGCGUCGAGUUGGCUGUCGCAUUCAUGCGCGAGGUCGGCCAGUUCCUGUCGGAAGAGGCGCCCAAGGCGAGCCACUCGGUCUUUGACCGCUUCCGCGCGGUGCUGUACGAAGGCGAGAUCUCGCUGCGUGUGCAAUACAUGGUCGAGGUGCUCGCACAGACGCGCAAGGACAGGUUUAAGGAUAAUCCCAGGAUUGCCGAGCAGCUCGAUCUUGUGGAAGAGGACGACCAAAUCACGCACCAGAUUGGCCUCGACGACGAGCUGCGCCUGGAAGAGGGGCUGAACAUCUUCAAGCCGGACCCCGACUACCUCGCGAACGAGGAAAAGUACCGCGCGAUCAAGGCCGAGAUCCUCGGCGAGGACAGCGACGAGGGCAGCACGGCCGACGACGAGGAAGAAGAGGAGGACGACGAGGAAGAGGAGGAGGAGGCCGCUGCCGCCGAGACGCAGCUCGAUAUCCAGGACCGCACCGAGACGAACCUGGUCAACCUGCGCCGCACAAUCUACCUCGUGAUCAUGUCGUCGCUCGACUUUGAAGAGUGCGUGCACAAGCUGCUCAAGCUCCAAGUGCGCGAAGACCUGCAGAUCGAGCUGUGCAACAUGGUGAUCGAGUGCUGCUCGCAGGAGCGCACCUAUGCCAAGUUCUACGGGCACAUUGGCGAGCGCCUGUGCAAGCUGCACCGCGUCUGGUCGGGUCUGUUCGAGCAGUGUUUCCGCACCUAUUACGAUACCAUCCACCGCUACGAAACGAACCGCCUGCGCAACAUUGCGCGCUUCUUUGGCUCGCUUUUGGCCACCGACAGCAUCUCCUGGUCGAGCUUUGAGAUUGUGCACAUGACCGAGGACGACACGACGUCCUCGUCGCGUAUCUUUAUCAAGAUCCUCUUUAGCGAGCUCCAGUCCUUGCUUGGCGUCAAGACGCUCGUCGAGCGCUUCUCGGAGCCGAGCAUGCAGCACGACUUUGCCAACAUGUUCCCGCUCGACCACCCGAAGAAUACGCGCUUCUCGAUCAACUACUUUACAAGUAUCGGCCUCGGUGCCAUCACCGAGAACAUGCGCGAACACCUCAAAAACGCGCCCAAGAUGAUUAUGGAGCAGCGCGAGGCAGAGCUCGCGGCACGCCGUGCAGACGACUCCGAGUCGUCGCUGUCGGACUCGGCGAGCUACUCGAGCUACUCGAGCUACUCGUCCCGGUCGCCGCUCCUAUUCGCGCUCCUACUCGCGGUCGCCGCGCCGCUCCUACUCUCGUUCGUACUCGCGGUCGCCGCGCCGCUCCUACACGCCGUCGCCGCGCCGAUCGUAUCGGUCGGUCUCCCGAUCGCCGACCCGAUCGCCUUCGUAUCGUGA